AUGGCUACUACACCUGAAGUGACUUAUUCCAAUGACAGACGUAAUCACCCCCGAAAUAGAUUUGCUUGGGUUAGAAGAUUGAUGCAAGGUCAAAAUAGAACUGCUAUGAAUAACCAUACCAACAGAAGAACAUCUAAUAAUAACACUAAUACUAAUAACAAUAGCAAUGAUACCCAUAACAACAACUACACCAACGUGAACAGAUCUCGACAUUCCAAUAGACAAUCUUCCCAGUCAAGAAAUAGACCCGUAUCAAACAGAAACCAAGAUAAUAUCCCCAAUACAGAGUUGGUUGAAAAUCACGAUAACAAUCCAACUCAACAAGAACAACUUGAACAAGAAAACAACAUCAACAAUGUGGACAAUGAGGAUGAAGGGGAAGAAGGAAAUUCAUUAGAUGUGAUGAGUGAUCAGAUCAGUGAUAAUGUUAGUACAACUCCAUUGAAAUCAAUAGUGUCAAGCCAGUCUACAAAAUCUCCAUCUAUAUUGAGUGGCGAUGCUCUUAAUGAUCAGACUUCUUUGAUUGCAUCAACAGCAGAGACUUCAUUAGCUCCAAGUGUACAAACUCCAACUAAUUAUACCUUUCUUCCCACAAUUACUACUAGUCUAACUAGCACCACAUCGUCUUCAUCGACUACUACUACAACAACAAAUACCACCACCAAUAACAACAACAACAGCAACAACAACAACAACAACAAUAACAAUGCUGCGAUUGUUAAUAAUAACAACAACAAUAAUACGAUUUUGCCAAUUACAUUCAACGCAAGUAUAGGUGGUCAGGACCGUGAUAGUGAGUCAAUAGUGACGUUAGCUAGUUCUACGAGAAGAAUAAGAAGAAGAAGUAUUGAUACCAAUUGUAGCACUACAGGUAUCCCGCCAGCUUCAAUUAUGGAAACAUUGAGUGUUCAUCCUGGUGGUGGUACUAAUGCUAGUACUUAUGCUAAUAGUAUUAAAACCAGUAAUGAUGACCAAAGUUUCUUUGAGGAAUCUCGAGGUCCUUAA